UGUGGAGGAUGUAAUGAAGAAAUAAAACGGCAGAGAGUUAAAUGCCCUAAAUGCAAAAAGGACUUUCAUCAGCUGUGUGUCAAUUUUCAAAGCAAUAAAGUACUACCUACAACUAAGAUAGCAGAAGGAUGGUCAUGCCCUGAUUGCAUAGCUAAAUUAGGUCACAAAGGAGAUAAUUCAAGUACUCCAUUAAAACCGCCUUCUGAUAACAAUAAAAAACAAAACGAAUCUGACGAAGACGACACUGAUCAAGGGGAAAUUUUGGAAAAUUAUAGGAAGGAGGCUGUAGUUGGCGGCACAGCAAGAGAUACCCUAAAGGAUGAAAUUAUUGCAGCUCUUAGGUCUGAAUUGCCAUUAAUUAUCCAGAACGUAUUAAAGUCACAUCUCUCUCCAAUUAGCAACCAAUUAGAAAAACUUCAAAAUUCUGUAACCUUUCUUAGUGAAAGGUACGAAGAAUUUUAUCAAAAAUUAGAAGGCUUAUCAGCUAAAUAUCGACUACAUGAAGAGGAGUAUAGUGUUACACGCAAAAACGUACAGAAACUCACUGACCAAAUCUCUGAUCUUGAACAGCGUCUCAGGGAAUCUAAUUUAGAAAUAAACGGAAUCACUGAAUCUAAAUCUGAAAAUUUGUUAUCUGUUAUUAAGCAAAUUGCUGAUGUAUCAUCAUAUGCACUGGAUAAUAGAGACAUCCUAAGUGUUACCAGAGUGGCUAAAUAUAACAAGGAUAACAAAAAACCACGUUCUAUUGUUGUUAAACUGAGAAGUCCACGUCAACGUGACGAAUUUAUCUCGGCCAUUCAUCGUUACAAUAAAUCUCACCCUAAUGAUAGAUUGAAUACAGGAUUGAUUGGUGUCCCGGGAGAAACAACUGCGGUAUAUGUAUCCGAACAUCUUUCGCCAGCUAACAAAGCUUUACACGCUGCUGCACGUCUAAAGGCUAAGGAGAAACUCUUUAAAUACGUCUGGGUUCGAAACGGACGCAUUUACACCCGUAAGGACGAAAACACUCGCUACAUAUCCAUAAAAAACAUUCAAUCACUAGAGUUGAUGAAAUAAA